AUGUUCAGCCAGACUCCAAAUCAUACUGAAAAGAAGGAAACUCCUACUGAUAUAAAACAACCUAAGUCCAGGUUGUGUAGGCAAAUCUUCAUGCAUUAUUUAUCCUUGAAUAACCACCUGAGCUCUCACAUUGGACCAAAACUGUACCUGUGUCAGGAAUAUGAAGAAAACCCUUAUAAAUGUACGGAACCUGAGAAAGCUUUCAGGCAUCACCAACAUAGUGAAAGACAUGCAGGCAGCCCCAGUGGGAAAGCUUUCCACUAUUCAGCUUCCCUUAGAAAUCAUGAAGGAACACAUAUCGCUAGGAAACCAUAUGAGUGUGAGCAAUGUGGGAAAGGCUUUAGUCGUCUCAUUUACUUUAAACUUCACAAAAACACUCAUAGUGGAGAGAAACCAUAUCAAAGUAAGCAAUGUGGAAAAGUUUUCAGUUCUCCCAAGUACUCUCAAGAAAAUGAAAGAACACACAAUGCAGAAAAGCCCUAUCAAUGUCAGAAAUCUGGUAAAGCUUUCAGUUCCACUUCUCUUAGAAAUCAUGAAAGAACACAUACUGGUGAGAAACCUUAUGAAUGUAAACAAUGUGGGAAAGCCUUCCGUUCUCUCACCUUUCUUGGAAGUCAUAAAAGAAGUCAUGCCAGAAAGAAGCCUCAUGAAUGUAAGGAAUGUGGUAAAACAUUUCCUUAUCCCUCUUACCUUAGAAGUCAUGAAAUAAUUCAUACUCGGGAAAAACCCUAUGAAUGUAAGCUUUGUGGUAAAGUUUUCUCGCAUUCAACUUCCCUUCGAAAACAUAAAAGAAUUCAUACUGGUGAAAAACCUUAUGAAUGUCAGCAAUGCGGUAAGCAUUUUACUUUUUCCACAUCUCUUAAAAAUCAUAAAAUAAUGCAUUCUGGGGAGAACCCUUAUGAAUGUAAGCAAUGUGGGAAAGCUUUCAGGUAUUCUAGUUCCCUUCGAUAUCAUGAAAGAAUGCAUACUGGGCAGAAGCCCUAUGAAUGUAAGCAAUGUGGGAAAACCUUCCGUUGUCUGAAAUAUCUUGGAAUACAUAAAAGAAGUCAUGAUGGAAAAAAGCGAACCAUUCCUCAUGAAUGCAAGGAAUGUGGUAAAACUUUCAGUGAUCCAUAUUGCCUACGAUGUCAUGAGAGUAUUCAUACUGGGCAAAAGCCUUAUAAAUGUAACCAUUGUGGUAAAGCUUUUUCCCAUCCAAGUUACCUUCGAUGUCAUGAAAGGUCUCAUAAUAAGGAAAAACCCCAUAAAUGUCAUCAAUGUGGGAAAGCCUUCAGUUAUCGAGGCGAUCUUAAAAAACAUAAAAGAAGUCAUGAUGGAAAGAAGCGUCAUGAAUGUAAGGAAUGUGGUAAAACUUUCAGUGAUCCAUAUUGCCUCCGACUUCAUGAGAGUAUUCAUACUGGGCAAAAACCUUAUAAAUGUAACCAUUGUGGUAAAGCUUUUUCCCAUCCAACUUACCUCCGACGUCAUGAGAGAUCUCAUAAUGUGGAAAAACCCCAUGAAUGUAAGCAAUGUGGGAAAGCCUUCAGUUAUCUCAGCUCUUUUGAAAGACACAAAAGAAGUCAUGAUGGAAAGAAGCCUCAUGAAUGUAAGGAAUGUGGUAAAACUUUCAGUGAUCAAUAUUGCCUCCGACUUCAUGAGAGUAUUCAUACUGGGCAAAAACCUUAUGAAUGUAACCAUUGUGGUAAAGCUUUCUCUCAUCCAACUUACCUCCGACGUCAUGAAAGAUCUCAUAAUAAGGAAAAACCCUGUGAAUGUAAGCAAUGUGAGAAAGCCUUCAGUUGUCUCAGCUCUGUUGCAAAUCAUAAAAGCAGUCAUCACAGAAAAAAGCCUCAUGAAUGUAAGGAAUGUGGUAAAACUUUCCAUGAUCCAUAUUAUCUCCGACUUCAUGAGAGGAUUCAUACUGGGGAAAAACCCUAUGAAUGUAACCAAUGUGGCAAAGCCUUCAGUUUUGGCACCUCUCUUCGACGACAUAAAAGAAGUCAUGAUGGAAAGAAGCCUCAUGAAUGUAAAGAAUGUGGUAAAACAUUUCGUGAUCUCUGUGCCCUCCGAGUUCAUGAAAGUAUUCAUACUGGGGAAAAACCUUAUGAAUGUAACCAUUGUGGUAAAGCUUUCUCUCAUCCAACUUUACUGCGAUUUCAUGAAAAAACUCAUAGUAAGAAAAAACCCUAUGAAUGA